AUGCACGACGCACGACGCACGAUGCACGACGCACGAACGCACGACGCGACACGAUCCGAUCCGAAGCCGAAGGAAUUCCAGUUGAUGAAGAAUCUAAUUUUUAGCUCCCACUCCCAUCGACCACUCCGAAGACCCGGCGUGCGUUUAAGCUCCGUCAAGAGGUGUGGAUAUCACUUGUCCCGCCGCUUAAAGCUCUUGGUGUCGUCUUGGUAUCGUCUUGGUAUCGUCUUGGUGCAAUCUUGGCUCCGAAACAGCCUGGCAUGCCUUGCAUACCUGCCCGACAAGGAGGAUCCCCUCUUAAACCAGCGCCCCUCCGUCGUCAUCUGCCCCACCUCUUUGUGCCAUCGCAAGCACGGGACGACGAAGGGGGACACCACUCCUUCACUCAUCAGCCUCAGCCUCAACUUCAACUUCAACCUCAACCUCAACUUCAACUUCAACCUCAACUUCAACUUCAACUUCAACUUCAACUCCAACUGCAUCUCCAUCCAACUCCAACUCCAACUCCAACUCCAACUCCAACUCCAGCCCAACAACUCCUUCUCCAUCUCCUCCUCCCACUCACCACGACACCAAAUCGACAAUCACAACCAUACCCACAACCAUACCCACAACCUCAACCACAACCAUACCCACUGUCUGGGUCCACUCGUUUAUCCCCUCCCACAGUCAAGACGGACUCGCGAUUCGAAUAAUGCACUGCUGAUCACCACCAUACGUAUCACCAUGCGUGGCACCGUAUCCUCCUCGCUGUCGCUGGCGCUCUUGCUCUGCGCCGGGAGCAAUCGAGUCGCCGGCCUCGAACUCGAUUUGACCUCAACCGACUCCAUCAAGUCGGCAGCAAGUACCAUUGCCUUUGACAUGUUGACCUACUACAAGGGCAACCUCACCGGACAAAUCCCCGGCCAGCUGCCCGGUCCACCCCCAAACCCCAGCGUGUUAGAUGCCGGUUAUUUCUGGUGGGAGGCCGGUGCCAUGUGGGGGAGUUUGAUGGAUUACUGGUAUUACACCGGUGACACCACCUACAAUGCCAUAACAUCGCAGGGAAUGCUGUUCCAAGUAGGAGAACGCGAUGACUACUUGCCUCAAAACCAGACCACGGGGAUGGGGAACGACGAUCAAGGUUUCUGGGGCAUGUCAGCAAUGACGGCGGCCGAGCUGGGCUUUCCAGACCCGCCUCCUUCCCAACCGCAGUGGCUAGCACUUGCUCAAGCAGUCUUCAAUACGCAGUUGGUGAAGAUAGACAAUGUGUGCGGCGGUGGUCUACGCUGGCAAGCAUACUCGUUCCUGAACGGCUACGACUACAAGAACUCCAUCGCCAAUGGCUGCUUCUUCAACAUCGCUGCUCGACUCGGUGUCUACACCGGGAAUACGACCUACGCCGACGAGGCGGCCAAAAUCUGGGACUGGAUGGAAAGUGUCGGCCUGAUCGAUGCCAGCUAUAAUGUUUUUGACGGGUUACCCAUCGGCACCGGCAACACCUGCGUUGACUCGCAGAUCCGAAUGCCGCAGUUCUCCUACAACGCAGGUGUAUUCCUGCUCGGCGCGGCGGCAAUGUGGAAACAUACCAACGGCAGCGCCAUCUGGGAAACCCGCGUGAACGGGCUCCUCGACCAGACCAUCAAAAUCUUCUUUCCUGGUGGCAUCGCCUACGAGGUUGCCUGCGAAGCGGCGCUCGUGCACUGCACUAUCGACAUGUUCUCCUACAAAGCCUACCUCACUCGCUGGAUGGCCGCCACCACCAAAUUCGCCCCCUUCACGUACGACCGCGUGAUCGCCGUACUCAGGACCUCUGCGGCAGCAGCCGCGCAGCAGUGCUCUGGCUCGCCGGCCGAGCGCCCCAAUGGGCGGAUGUGCGGGCUCAGCUGGUCGAAGAAAGCGGAGUGGGACGGCACCAGCGGCGUGGGCCAGCAGAUGGCGGCCAUGGAGGCCAUCACGAGCAAUCUGAUCCAGGAGAGUAAGGAGCCGCUGACGAACGGAACGGGCGGAACGAGUCAGGGGAAUCCCACUGCCGGCAUCGGAGAUUCGUCCUCGUCGGACCCCCUUGCGAUGGGCCCCGUCACCACGGGCAGUAAAGCCGGCGCGGGCAUUCUGACGGCGGUCGUGAUCGCGGCUGUGUUGAGCGGGCUGGUGUGGGUCAGUAUGCCGGAUGGGAGGAUGUCGUGA